GUGUGUGUGUCUGUGUGUGUGUGUGUCUGUGUGUGUGUGUGUGUCUGUGUGUGUCUGUGUGUGUCUGGACAGAAAGUGAAAGUAGAAUAGGGUUCAAAAACUGAAGGUAUAAAAGUGGGGACUGGGGAAGCUGCUCUAACAGUCGACUCAGUCAGAAGCUCAUUGUUCAUCUGGAUUCAGUGAACUGAAUAAAAUGGGAGAGUCUGCAUCUAAACCUCAACGACCUCAAACACGUCCACGACCUCGAACACCUUCACCACCUCAAAUAUCUCCACGACCUCCAACACCUUCACCACCUCCACCGCCUCCAGAAUUUGAUAAGCCAUGGAGGAUAAUGCGUGGGGACAAAGACAGUUUAAGAGAGGAACUGAGGAACUUUAAGCUCUGCAGUUCUGAUGUUAAGUUUGUCAGGCUUCUGAUCGUUGGUGAAGUUGGAGCAGGAAAGUCCAGCUUUAUAAAUUCAGUCAAUAAUGCUUUCCAAGAGCGGAUCACCAGUAGGGCUCUUGUUGAUGCAACAUCUGGAACCAGUUUCACAAAAAUUUACAAAACCCAUCAUAUCAAGGGGAAGGACGGCUCCCGUUUACCUUUUGUGUUCAAUGACAUCAUGGGACUUGAACCUGCUGAUGGACAAGGCGCACAUGUAAAGGACAUCAUCUCAGCCUUAAAGGGGUUUCUUGAGGAAGGAUAUAAAUUUAAUCCUGUUAAUCCCGCAUCUGAGAAUGACUCCAACUACAAAACAAAUACCAAAGUUUCUGAUCAAACCUUCUGCCUGGUCAACGUUCUAUCUGCAAACAAAGUGUCACUCAUGGACCAAAAGCUUAUUCAAAAGAUGAAAGAGAUUCGUGAGGUGGCUUCAGAGUAUAAUUUGCCUCAAGUUGUCAUCUUGACAAAAGUGGAUGAAAUCUGCCCUCUGGUUAAACAGGACCUAAUGAAGGUCUACACCAGCAAGAAGAUCAAAGAAAAGAUGCAGGUGUGUAGUAAUCUGCUGGGUAUUCCACUGAGCAACAUCUUCCCUGUGAAGAACUACCACGAGGAGGUGGAUACGAAAGAUGACGUGGAUUUUCUGAUCCUCAAGGCGCUCGAUCAGAUCGUGAAUCUCGCCAACGAUGCUCUGGAAGACCAAAACCCUAAUGCAAGAGUGUAGUAAGCUGCUGGGUAUUCCAGUUAACCACAUCUUUCCUGUGAAGCUCUACCACGAGGAGAUGGACACGAAUGAUGACAUAGAUGUCCUGAUCCUCAAGGCACUUGAACAGAUUGUGAGCCUUGCUAUUGAUGCCCUGAAAAACCAAACCUCAAACCGAUCUGGGACAAACUGCUGUAAUUGUUCUUUUUGCUUAUAAUAAAUAUCCCAUAAUGUAACGUGGUAACAUGCUAGGGAAACCAGUACAUGUUUAAGAUAAUUUCAGGAACUGCUCAUAGAAGUGAUUAAGUAUCAUCAUUAUUAGGCGUCUUUAAUCUGUAUCCACAAUGAGAGGGGACUCGCACCGUAUUUUAGCUAAGGUCUGCAAUCUCACUGCUUCCUAAUUAACCGGACCUGUGGCUAGGUUAUUCAUAGCUAACUUACAUCCUUAACCACAUUACUAGCAGUACUGACCACAAAGACCUCAGUACUCCUCAAACUGUGUGUGUACAAACAGCUAUUUGCUCAUAUUUAGCUUGCGCAAAUUAAACAACUAGUAUAAACAUCAA